AUGCAGGGCGGCUUGACGGCGUCGUUGGCCGACUUCUCCACACACGGUGACACGGCUGUCUCGCCCCGGUCGCUCUCCAAUUCGCAAACGCAGCGGCAGCAAGACAGCUUGAGCUCGACUGCUGAACUUGAGCGCAAUCACCAUGCCGGAGGACUCAUCUACAACCGCAACUUUGCGCCGGGUCUCCAACAGCUCAGCUCAAACGACUAUCUCAUCCUGGCCGGCACCUUUCACGGCAUCCACGCCAUCUCGCGCUCUCUGUCCCCAGUCGCACCUUCCCAUGCCCCGCCUGGCAACCGCGCAAACCAUGCCACCGGCAUCCAGUCCCUCGAGUCAUCGCACUUUCGUCUGACCUGUUUUCAAACCCCCACCGGCACAAAGUUCCUCGUCUUCACCAGCCCCGAACAACCAAACACGGAUCAGAUUGCUCGCAGAUGCUACGACAUCUAUGCCGACUACGUCAUGGCGAACCCCUUCUACAGUCUCGAGAUGCCCAUCCGUGUCGACAAGUUCGACAGAGCUCUGGCCGCCUACCUCGUCCGUCCUUGA